AUGCAAAAGGUGUGGGAAGAUGCACUGAGAGAUUUGCUACAUGGACUUGACCAUAUGCUAUGGAUGCGAGCACAUCCAUCCCAUCCAGCAGCUGCUGCAUCUUUAGCACCCUCUCCAGCACGAGACACUCCAGCACCCGCAGAGCGAGGUGCAGCUAGGGAUGGUGCGCAGAGUUCGGGAGGACCCAGCCGUUUCUAUGCUAUGAUUGGUUGCCAGAGUGCAGAGGCUUCUCUAGAUGUUGUUACAAGUAUACUGACUAUCCAAUCUCAUGAUGUAACUAUGAGACUCGAAUUUCCAAAUGAGCCGGUGGUCGAAUGGAAGGGGGACAAUGUGGUACCAAAGGGUAGGUUUAUUUCUUACCUUAAGGCUGCAAAGAUGAUUAACAAGGGGUGUAUCUAUCAUUUGGUCUGGGUCACGGACACCGAUGCUGAGGCACCUACCCUUGAGUUUGUGCCAGUUGUCAAUGAAUUUUUGGAUGUCUUUCUAGAUGAGCUCCCUAGGAUUCCACCGGAUAGGGAGAUUGAUUUUGGUAUUGAUGUGAUGCCAGGCACGCAACCUAUAUCUAUUCAACCUUAUAUAAUUGCACCGGUAGAACUGAAACAUUUAAAGGAUAAAUUGAAGGAUUUGUUAGAAAAGGGUUUCAUUCGACUGAGUAUGUUGCCUUGGGGUGCACUGGUUCCCUUUGUAAAAAAGAAAGAUGAGUCGCUACGGAUGCAUAUUGACUACCGCCAGCUCAACAAAGUCACGAUAAAAAAUAAGUACCCUCUACCAAGAAUAGAUGAUUUGUUUGAUGAAUUACAGGGUGCUAGGUACUUCUCAAAAAUGACUUACGGUCCGGGUAUCAUCAAUUGA